AUGGUCAUCGGUGGUGGCGACGACACAACAAUCAACCAUGUAAAGUUCACCACCACAGAUAAACUCAAAUGGUCAAUCACUCAUGAACGAUAUGAGGAUCUCGAAGAUAGUAUCGUCUUUGAUAAGUUGGAUGCCAGCGGUUUGUCUUUCCCUCACUACGAUACUCUUGUUAUCACUUUACGUAUUGCAAAUACUGAUGUGAAAAGAAUAAUGGUAGAUGACGGGAACGGCGUGUGUAUUAUCCAUCCUCGAGUCCUCACACAGAUGAGACUCAAAGAUAAAAUAAUACCGCGUUGCAUAACACUAACAGGUUUUAAUAAUGCGGUCGAGCGGACUUCUGGAGAAAUAUUACUACCCGUCCUAGCCGGAGGAUUUACCCUGGAAACGAUGUUUCACGUCAUGGACUAG